AUGACCCAUUUGUGCUGCUCCCCUUCUUGCCAACCUGCCUGCUGUGGGACCACCUGCUGUGGGACCACCUGCUGCCAACCCACCUCUGACACCAUGUGCUGCUCCCCUUGCUGCCAGCCCACCUGCUGUGGGUCCAGCUGUGGCGGGUGUGGUUGCUGCUGCCAGCCUUGCUGCCGCCCAACCUGCUGUCAGACCACCUGCUGCAGGACCACCUGCUGCCAGCCUUGCUGCCGCCCUUGCUGUGUGUCUAGCUGCUGCCAGCCUUGCUGCCGCCCUUGCUGUGUGUCUAGCUGCUGCCAGCCCUGCUGCCGCCCAACCUGCUGUCAGACCACCUGCUGCCAGCCUUGCUGCCGCCCUUGCUGUGUGAGCAGCUGCUGCCAACCCUGCUGCCGCCCCUGUUGUGUGUCCAGCUGCUGCCAGCCUUGCUGCCGCCCCUGCUGCGUGUCCAGCUGCUGCCAACCUUGCUGCCGCCCUUGCUGUGUGAGCAGCUGCUGCCAGCCCUGCUGCCGCCCCUGCUGCGUGUCCACCUGCUGUCGGCCUUGCUGCUGCUGA